AUGUCUAACAACCAAAGUGAAACCUCUCUAAAUCUUUCUCCGAGGAAUCCAGCGCAUGCUUUACAUUCUGAAUCACCAGUUCCUGGAAACAUGAUGUACCUUAGCUUUUCAAAUUCUGGCUCGUAUGCUGAUGCAUUAGCUGGUAGCACUCAAACUCAGCAGAAUCGCAAUGAGCUUCCUGUCACCACUACCAUCAUUUCACAAGGCAUGGCUGUUGGGAAUUCCAAUGAGGUAACUUCACUUCAUGGAGACCAUGCUCAUGAUACUUGGAAAGAUGGAAGAAAUGAGAUGUUAUUUAUGCAUUCGGUGGAAGGUUCCAUAAAUGGUGCAGAUGUUCUAAUUCAUCCUGAUGAUCAUCAGGUGAGUCUGCAGACACAGCUGGGCAUCAUAAAUGGGCAAAGCUUGUCUUUGCAGCAUUCAAAUGUUUCAACCAUGCAAAAUCAAGCGUUAUCACUUAGCCUUAGCACACAAAUGCCAGUUCCUUCAAUUCAGUACCAUCCUACAAGCUUAGAUAUCUCUUUCAUUGAUUCACAUCAGUUUACAUCUGGAACUGUUGGGCCACUAAGGGAAGAAAGCUUUCAAAACAAAAGCAUGCAUGGCAACGUCUCCCCAAAUGAACUUUCAAGUCUUACAAGCUUGAUUCCAAAUUCUAAAUAUCUCAGGCCAGCACAAGAAUUACUUGAUGAAGUUGUCAAUGUCCGGAAGGCUUUGAGGCCAAAAACAGAUAGAAGCCAAAGUCUCUAUGCUUCUGCUGGUGCCAUGACAAAUAAGGAUGCUAACACGGGAUCAAAAAGUGAAGUGAUGGCUUCAAACCCUCAAGAGGCUGUAGCUAAUUGUUCAAGUGAGCUCUCAGCUUCUGAAAAGGAGGAUCUUCAAAACAAGGUCUCAAAUCUUCUGCAAAUGUUGGAUGAGGUUGAUAGAAGGUAUGCACAGUAUUACCAUCAGAUGCAGAUAAUAGUGUCAUGGUUUGAUGCAAUAGCUGGUUGUGGGGCUACUAAACCAUACACUGUACUUGCUCUUCAAACUAUUUCACGGCAUUUCCGCUGCGUGAGAGAUGCCAUCAGUGGCCAAAUUCAAGCUACCAGGAAAAGUCUUGGUGAACCGGAGGAUUUAAGUGGUAGCAGUAGUGGGUUAUCUCGCCUUAGAUACAUAGAUCAGCAGUUACGGCAUCAGAGAACCUUGCAUCAAUAUGGUCUGAUGCAACAGCAUUCUUGGAGGCCACAGAGGGGUUUGCCCGAGUCAUCUGUCUCUAUUCUCCGCGCGUGGCUGUUUGAGCACUUCCUUCAUCCUUACCCAAAGGAUUCUGAGAAGCUGGUACUUGCAAGACAGACAGGCUUGACGAGAAGUCAGGUUUCAAACUGGUUCAUAAAUGCACGAGUUCGUCUUUGGAAGCCUAUGAUCGAAAACAUGUACAAAGAAGAGUUUGGAGAUACCGAGAUUGACUCAAACUCUUCCUUAUCAAAUCCACCCAAACUGAAUGAAGACAUCCAACCCUCUGAAGACCAUGAAGACUAGCAGAACCCCGCAACUGGAAGAUGCGAAACGAUCCUGAUAAGUGACUCCUGAAGACCCAAAACCAUCCCAACCAUGAAUGUGGCCACAUCAGCUGCUGCUUUCCGAGAUGGAACAACUACACAAGAUUCAUAUCCAUCGAUUGGACAAGAUUCCAGCUUUUACAAGAUGCUCUAGCUGGCACAGACGGGUUUUUGGUGUAUCAGAUGGCUGAGUUAGGUCAAAACAGUGAGGGGUCUCUCACACUCGGGCUGCAGCACUGUGAUGUUGGCUUUCCUGUAUCAGACAAUCAACAGAGCCUUCUCGCGGUGCAAGCUGCAAAAGAUGCAAUCGAAUAUGAGCACCAAUUUGGAUUAACAGGUGUUGCAUGAUUUUGUUGCUUGAAUUCAUCUGCUUCAGCUAUUGUUGCCAGCAGACUUCUCUGAACCAGAAUAAUUUGUUGCAAGAUGCUUUCUAGGCAUUGCUUGCAAUCUUACAAGAGAAAGUGAGUUUAGCAUGGUAAUGGAGCACAGGAGGUGUUGGAAUUAUGGAGUAGCAUGUUGUAAACAUAGAAUCAUUUUAGAAUAACCUACAGCAAAAAAAAAAAAAUUUGAUUUAGGUCAAUGUGGUGUAUAUUGAUUGAAUGGCUUCAAAGGCCUUCCAUCUGAUCACUAUGAUUGUAAGAAAGUUCGAUUGCAAUAACAACUGGAAGAAUUGUGAUCCUUCA